CCUCUGCCUCACUGCCUGGCGUCCCCAGCCGCGUCCUCCCCUCCCAGGGAGGAUGCCUGAAAUAAACCCUGGCUCUGGUGUUACGGAAUCAGUCCCCUUCGAGGAUGUGGCGUUGGGGCUCUUCCAGGAGUGGUCUUUGCUGGAUGGUGCUCAGCAGAACCUAUGCAGAUGUGUGAUUCUGGACAAGUGCAGGACUCUGGCUCCCAAGGGGACUUCAUCAUGCAAACCCAGUCUGGUCUCCCAGGUGGGACCAAGCGGAGAGCUGAGAGCAGCACAACAAAGGAUUCUCUGCACCAUGUGUGUGGAUUGGGAAUCUCAACUUAAACCCAAAGAGUCUACUCUUGUGCAGGAUAUUUUGGAGGAAAAUUCAUUCCAUGACAUGCAAAUGGGCCUGAAGGUGGCUGUGCAGAUUCAGAGGGUAGCCAUGCUGGAGCCAGCCCUGGGCCUCCUCACCCCAUGGAUGACCCGGGGCUCUGCCCUGCUUGCUCAGGACUCUGCUUGGCUCCAGCGGGAGAGCACAGAGGAAGCAAUUGUGGCUUCUAGUGUGCUGACCACCUUUGCAAGGGAAGCAAUCACCUUUGGGGAUGUGGCUGUGUUGUUCACCCCAGAAGAAUGGAUGUGUCUAGAUUCUACCCAGAGAAUCCUGUACAGAGAUGUGAUGUUGGAGAACUAUAGGAAUCUGGCAUUUGUGGAAAAUCAACUGUGCAAAUCCAGUAUAUUUUCCCAUUUGGAGGAAAAAGAAGAGCUAUGGAGCACUAAGAGAGGAAUCUUCCCAAGAACCUGGCCAGAACCUCAGCUUCAACCCAAACAAUCAAUUUCUCACCAAGAUAUUUUUGUGAAACCUCCAUCCAUUUGCAUAAGAAGGGAACAGCCUCAGACUGGAGAAAAACCCCAUAAAUAUAAUGAAGAUGGGAAACAUUUUAAUAGCAUCAAACCACUUUUUCAGUAUCAGAAAAUUCACACUGGAGGGGACCCCUAUGAAUGCCCAAAGAGUAGAAAAUCCUUUUUCCAAUCCACUCAUUUAAUCAUGCCUGAGAAAAUGUGUAGCAGAAACAAAACCUACACAUGUGACAAAUGUGAAAAGUCUUUCAGGUAUAGCUCUGACCUCAUCAGGCAUAAAAAGACCCAUACUGCAGAGAAAUGCUUUGAAUGUCAAGAAUGUAGGCAAGCUUUCAAGUACUCCUCAAACUUGCGGCGGCACAUGAAAACUCACACUGGAGAGAAACCUUUUGAAUGCAGUCAGUGUGGGAAAACCUUCACGAGGAACUUUAAUCUUAUUUUGCACCAGAGAAACCAUACAGGAGAGAAGCCUUAUGAAUGUAAGGACUGCGGGAAAGCUUUUAAUCAGCCAUCUUCUCUGAGGAGCCAUGUGAGAACUCAUACUGGAGAGAAACCUUUUGCUUGCAGUCAGUGUGGGAAAGCCUUCAGAGAACACUCAUCACUAAAGACACAUAUGCGAACUCAUACUAGAGAGAAACCGUAUGAAUGCAACCAUUGUGGGAAGCCCUUCCGGACAAGCACACAUCUGAAUGUACACAAGAGGACUCAUACUGGUGAGAAGCUUUAUGAGUGUAUGACUUGUGGUCAGGUUUUGAGCCGCCUGUCAACUCUCAAGAGUCACAUGCGUACUCACACUGGAGAGAAGCCCUACUCAUGUCAGGAAUGUGGACGAGCCUUUAGUGAGCCCUCAUCACUUAGGAAACAUGCAAGGACUCAUACAGGCAAGAAACCCUAUGCCUGUCAGGAAUGUGGACGAGCAUUUGGUCAGUCUUCACACCUUAUUGUACAUGUGAGAACCCACACUGCAGGGAAACCAUAUGAAUGUAAUCAGUGUGAGAAAGCCUUCAGGCACAGUUCUUCACUCACUGUGCAUAAAAGAAUUCAUGUGAGGAGAGAAAAUGUUCAGAAUGGUGGCCUGCCUUUAUCAGUGUCUCAUAUGUACAAUGAACCUCUUGUUAAUUAACUUCUAGUUUAUAAACAUAAUUAUUUGGGAGCCCUUGUCAUUUUUUAUAGUACUUGUUUUCAUGACAUGUUUGUAUAUUUAAUAUUUUCAC